ACUGCCUCACUGAACUAAUAGAGUUUUUUUUUUUGUUGUUGCUUCAAGUCAGAAAAUUAUCACAAUGACAAGAGAUAUCCCUUAGAGCAGCUUUUAGUAACCGUAUAGACCGACUCCGAUAAACGCACCGUUUCCAGUUAAAAAGCAACAUGGAGAAGCUGUAUGUGUUUACAUACUGUCGAGCGAGCUAACCCAGAUGGUUUCCCCCCGGUAGCUAACGCUAGCUGUGCCUGCUUCACUGACGGGACUGGCUCGUCUUAACGAGUGCCUUAAAAAGGCCUGCUACCAACACGAUGUGCGUGUAAUAGUCUGCACCAUGAAUUUGUUCCGUCUGGUGUGCCGCCACAAAACGGCUCUGGUCAUCGGGACUGUUUGCAGUUUUGCUGUCGUCCUUGUCUUCUUGGCCAAAUGCACAUCCGAAACCCUGAAGCAAGGCCGCUCGGACCCUCCUGGCUUUGCACCCCGUGGAAACGCUUUGCAGUCCCAUCCUGAGCAGCAGAACGCUCCCCCCGUGACCAAAGGUUUGUCAGCAUUCAUAGUGGUGCUCAUCACGACGGGACCCAAAUACACAGAGCGCAGGAGUAUUAUCCGCAGCACCUGGCUGGCUAAGCGAGACUCUGAUGUCCUGGCCAGGUUUGUGGUUGGAACCCAAGGUCUUCCAAGUGAGGACCUCCAGAAUCUUAACACAGAGCAAGGGAGGCACAAAGACUUGCUGUUACUCCCAGAUUUGCAAGACUCUUAUGAGAACCUAACUCUCAAGCUGCUGCACAUGUACACCUGGCUGGACCAAAAUGUGGACUUCAAGUUUGUUUUCAAAGCGGACGAUGACACCUUUGCCCGUUUGGACCUCCUUAAAGAGGAGCUGAAGGGGCAGGAGCCCAGCCGUUUAUACUGGGGCUUCUUCUCAGGGAGGGGCCGAGUCAAGACAGCUGGCAAGUGGCGCGAAAGUUCUUGGGAGCUUUGCGACUACUACCUGCCAUACGCGCUGGGCGGCGGCUACGUUCUCUCAGCCGACCUGGUGCAGUACGUGCGCGUCAACGCGGGCUACCUCAAAACGUGGCAGAGCGAGGACGUGUCACUGGGCGCCUGGCUGGCGCCGGUGGAUGUGCGGCGGACACACGAUCCACGCUUCGACACGGAGUACAAGUCGCGUGGCUGCAACAAUAAGUACUUGGUGACGCACAAGCAGAGCCUGGAGGACAUGUUGGAGAAACACCAGACGCUGCAGCGUGACGGCCGACUGUGCAAGGAGGAGGUCAAGCUGCGACUGUCCUACGUCUACGACUGGAGUGUGCCCCCCUCACAGUGCUGCCAGAGAAAAGAAGGGAUUCCAUAAUUGCUGUCAGUUACCGACGGUUUCACGAGGCAGACAUUUGCUUUGUGCACAUUACUGAGUUAUUUAGUUGUUCCCCUCAAAAGAUCUUAGCUGUUCGGCCAUUUGAAGUUGUUUUUCUGGUCCAGGAUGUCAACAAAAACUGUGCUGCAAUAUGAAAUCUAUAUUUAGACUUUUUAAAACCUUUUUGAGAACUGGGUCAAAUUGGGUCAGAUUCUAAGCUUCUCAUCCUCUAUAAGUGCAUGGUAAGCUGACAAAUCACUUUCAGUUAUCACCACAGAGUUUUGAAUUUUUUCAAAAAGGUUCAAAUGCUGUAGGUUUAACAAGUUUUCGCUGGUGUGCGUUUAACAUGCACAGCGGGAGGAAACAGGUGGGGGUUAAUCGGGGCUCUCGCUGUUGUGAAGUCAAAUUGGCCUGGCGUCAUUUUUGACUCAUUCGCUCCUUGAACGUCCCCUCCCAUUCCACGUUGACCUACUUGCCUCCUGUGUCGGUGCUUUAUCCGCCGUACCUCCUAGCUUAAAGUCUUUUAACACUAUGGCAUAUGUUUUAAUGUUAUUUCGGUGUCGUGAAUAGAACAGGGAGACAGAUGGGAGAUUCCAACCUGUGACGUCAGGUUUUUAUCUCCCGUUUUUGUGAAAACAUCCUUUUUUAUUUUGUAUUUUAUUUAUUUUUAACUUAUUGAGCUGCAAACACAACACACUGGUGGAGUUCUUGGACAUUAGUGCAGUUGUGGCUCUAUUUGUGGGUACAGUCUUUACAACUAAACACGUUGGACAAAGAGCUGACGGAUUCAGUUAGUUCUCUAAACCAAAUGCUCUGGGUUAUGGACAGUGUUACACAAAGUCUUGUGAUUUUAAGCGUACAGAGAAUGGCUGAAUGUAUUGUGUUCAACCCUCCUUCUUACUCCCUAUACUGAGGCCUGUGCUAAUAUUCUGUGAGGGCACCAACCCGUCCAAGCGGCCGCACCAUAGAGCUGAGGUCAGUAGAUUUCCUUCAUAGAGAGAUCAAAUUUCUCAUGAAUGUUAGCAAGCAGCACACCCAGCACUUUGUCACAUUUUUAAGAAUACUUUCACAGCGAGAACCUUGUUUUAAAUGGCAACAAUUAUCCUAUUUGAUCAUUUGUCUUUUUGAUGUCAGGCUCUCAGAGCAGAACUCUCCAACUGUUGUCUUUAUGUGUCUUAAAGCUUGUGAAAUUUGUGCAGCAGCUUUGAUUAAAACAUUUUUUGGAGCCC